AUGUCCGACUCAGCGUCCGGCAGAGCCUCAUCUCCGCUGCUCGCUGGCCAGGACGGGUCCAAAGCAUCCAUACAACCUUCGGAGAUCUCAUUCGAGUCUACACCGCUUCUCUCAAGCACCGGAUCUAAUGUCCGGUAUGAUGGCAGAGAGGAUGAAUCCGUCCGCAGUGACGCCACCUCGAUCGCCGCAUCGGUCAGGUCUCGACACACCGACGCAUCAUCAAUAAAGAGCAGUACCAAGAAGUCAAGUCGAUUACCCUCCAUCAUCGCCAUGGUUAUUCUUGCGCUGUUUUCCACUGGCAUAAUCAUCGUGGCCUUCUUCGCUCCUGCUGCGGUCGAGGAGUAUGCCAAGGAGGCGGCUGUUCUGGAACCGACGAGUCUGUCCCUCGAAUCGAUAACAUCGAACGGGGUCCGCGCUCGCAUUCAAGCCGUAUUCAAACUGGAUGGGACUCGUGUUAGGAACGAUCAUGUUAGGAGUGCUGGCAGGGCCGCGACCUGGAUGGUGAGACAACUGGGUACGGGGGAGACCAAUAUCACCGUCUAUCUUCCCGAGUAUGACAACAUUCUACUUGGUACGGCCAGCGUGCCACCGCUGGUUAUCGACAUUGUGGAUGGCCACAGUACAGUCAUCGAUUUCGUUGCCGAACUCGUGCCUGGCGACGCGAAUGGUAUCCGGACGAUUGCCAACGACUGGUUAGACGGGAGGCUCGAGUUGCUGAGGAUUCAUGCCAAAGCAGAUGUCCACCUCAAGUCCGGAAUUAUUCCCCUUGGGACGCACGCCAUCUCUGAGUCCCUUACUUUUGAAGCCAAGAAACUGUCUGACCUACCGCAAUACAACAUCACUCGCUUAAAUUUCCUCGAAGUCCCUAUCCCCGGCGACGGUAAUCGAGGGAUGGGCGCAGAGGUCUCAUUGACGGCGUUCAACAAAUAUCCUGUCUCGAUUGAUGUUCCGAAACUCGGAUUUGAGAUCCUCGUAUCUGGCUGCAGCCCGUCCGAUCCCUACAUUCUCGUUGCCGACGCUGUCACUGAGCCUGUAGCCGUGCGGCCGAUGUCAGACGUUGUCGCCGAAGUGAAUGGCCUCAUCAGAGGCCUUCCCGAAUUGCUGCUACAGGCCUGCCCCAACUCUGACUCGUCCCCGCUGGACCUCUUACUGAAGCAAUACCUCGACAGCGAGGCGGCGACGGUAUUCGUUCGUGGCGCCGAGCAGCCGAGGGCCGACAUGCCGGGCUGGCUAGCAAAGAUUCUGGCCAGUAUUACACUUCCCGUUCCGUUUCCCGGACGGUCCUUCGAUAACCUCGUCCGCAAUUUUUCCGUGGCCGAUGUCCGAUUUACGCUUCCCAGCCCCUUGGCCGAUCCGGACGAUCCGGACGCAAAUCCGAAAGUUUCAGGGGUCAUCAAAGUGCUGGCGGCCCUGCCAUCCGAGAUGAAUUUCGAUAUCAAUGUCACUGAUAUCCGGGCCACCGCCGAUGUCUUCUACCAGUCGAAUAAACUGGGGGAGCUUGACCUUCAAGAUUGGUUAAAGGCCAACUCGACAAGACUAGAUGCAAAGGAGGGCCGCGAGGCUUUACUCAAAAUCCAGUCCCGAAUAGAAGACGCGCCCCUGAAUGUCACCGACAGCGAUGUCUUAACCGAUGUUGUACAAAUGUUGCUAUUUGGUGACGAGCAAGUCAUCUUGGAUAUCAAAGCCGAUGUCGGCGUCAAAGUGCUGACAGUUCUUGGGGCACUCACUUUGAAGGGCAUCCCCGCCGAGGGCCAGUUCCCAGUAAAACCUCUUCCGAGAAACUCGCUCACCGAGCUAGAACCGAGGAUUGGCAACAUUACCAUCCUCGAGACCACACCUGGGUCUAUAAGGCUGGAGGCUCUGGUCAAUGUCACAAAUCCGACCCCUUAUACAGCCCAUAUCCCAUCCAUCAACAUCCACGUUAUCAGUAACGGCUCCCUUGUUGGUGAAGCGCUUGCCGAGGAUCUGGACAUUGGCCUUGGAAAUAACACCAACCUCAAGGUGUCGGCUCUAUGGAACCCCUCAAGGGGCGGCGACAAAGGUAUCCAGACAGGGCGGGACCUUCUCUCUGAAUACAUAUCCGGCUUCAACACUACUGUGACGUUGAGAAGCCAUAGAGGGAGCAUACCCUACCUGCCUGAAGUUGGCCAUGCCCUGUCGAGACUCAAUCUCACCGUUGCGGCGCCACGGCUCAGAAUCCCCGGUGACGACGAUAAUGAGCAGAGCCACUUUAUCAAGGAUGCCACAUUUCACGUAUUCUCGUCGACCGCCACGUUCACCUUAUUCUCGCCCCUUGAGCACAACACACUGUACCUUGAGCGUGUCAACGCGACAGCCUACUACAAUCAUACGGACCCGGUGGGGAGGAUCGAGUACGGCUUGCCAUUUGCGUGCCCUCCCGGUGCGUCGCAGACGCCCAAACUCCCCGUCGAAUGGUCCCUGGACUCGGUUGGAUACGAGAAGUUGAGGAAAGCAUUAGGCGGCCAAAUGAAGCUAGACGCAGAGGCCGUCGUUGGCGUGCGGCUGGGAGCUUGGAAGGAGACGCUCUGGUACAUCGGAAAGGGAAUUGGGGCAAAGAUACGGGUCUGA